CCCUUUCCCCGGGGGGCCCUAUCCGGGUGAGUUCCGGAGUUUGGGACUCCGAAGUCCACCCCCAGACCGCGGGCGACGUCCCCCGUCUGUCACCGAGGCCCGUCUCUCCAUUCCGCAGCGCGGCCGCCGCAACCCACGCUCGCGGAGCAGGCGGGGCCCCGUACCCACGGGCGCGCGUCCCGCCCGCCGAGCUCGCGGCCCGCUUCACCUCCCAGCUCCCGUCCCAGCGGCACGCGGCGCGCCGCCGGCUUCCCCUCGCCUCUCGGCCGAGCGGCCUCCCAGACCCCGCGCCGUUGGAGCGACCCGGGCGAAGCCCGAGGGGGAAUCCGGGGGAGGACGGGGCGGUCCUGUGCGCCCGGGUAGGCGGAGUGGCAGAAUCACCUGAGACCGCCAGACGGCUCCCUGCGUUCCCACUCCCGCUCGAGCUCCGCACCGGGACCGGUGGAUCAGACCCGGGAACCCGCCCCGCGCCACGCCACGCCACACAGGGGAGGACCGGCCACAGCGAGCUAGUGGACAUGGCCACACCGUUCCUACCCGCAGGGGCCACCACGGGCGACAGCGGUGGGGAACUGAGCUCCGGGGACGACUCCGGUGAUAUGGAAUCCUUCCAGACCCCCGAGGCCGAGGGGACCCGGAGCUUGGCUGAGCUGUUUGAGAAGGCUGCCGCACACGUCCAAGGCCUGGUUCAGGUGGCCAGCCGGGAGCAGCUUCUGUACCUGUAUGCCAGGUACAAGCAGGUUAAAGUUGGAAAUUGCAAUAUUCCUAAACCAAACUUCUUUGAUUUUGAAGGAAAGCAAAAAUGGGAGGCAUGGAAAGCCCUCGGUGACUCAAGCCCUAGCCAAGCAAUGCAGGAAUAUAUCGCGGCAGUUAAAAAACUAGAUCCAGGAUGGAAUCCUCAGGUAUCAGAGAAGAAGGGAAAAGGAGGCAGUAGUGGUUUUGGUGGUCCAGUUGUUAGUUCUCUAUAUCAUGAAGAAACAAUCAGGGAAGAAGACAAAAACAUAUUUGAUUACUGCAGGGAAAACAACAUUGACCAUAUAGCCAAAGCCAUCAAAUCGAAAACUGUGGAUGUGAAUAUGACCGAUGAAGAGGGCAGAGCUCUGCUCCACUGGGCAUGUGACCGAGGACAUAAGGAACUGGUGAAAGUCUUGCUACAGCAUGAAGCUGGCAUUAAUUGUCAGGACAACGAAGGUCAGACAGCUCUUCAUUAUGCCGCUGCCUGCGAGUUUUUGGACAUCGUGGAACUGCUGCUCCAGUCUGGCGCUGACCCCACGCUCCGAGACCAAGAUGGCUGCUUGCCAGAAGAGGUGACGGGCUGCAAAGCCGUCUCUCUGGUGCUGCGGCGGCACAGAGCUAGCCAGGCUUGAUCCAAAGCCUGAAGAAGCACAGUUUGGCAGGCUAGGACUUCCAGGAUAAAGGAAACUGCAAAAUAAUACUUCUCUUACCACCCAUCUUUAGUAUGCAUUGGCUAAUAAAAUCAGUUCGAGGAACUGGGAUUUCGACGUCUCAGCAGCUCAUUCUCCAUGCAUACAUUGUGGGGGAGUCCGGGGUUGGUGAUGAACAUGUGUACUGUGCAUAAUAUAAUCCAAUUCUGCCGAGCAUGCUUUGAAAUUUAUCACUGCUGUGGAAGGUGGAGAGAGGAGCAGACAGAUCAUAUUUCACAAUAUUAAACACGGCUCCCCUCUCCUCCGCACCUCCCCCCUCUUUCUCUCUCUCUCUCUCUCUCUCUCUCUCUCUCUCUCUCUCUCUCUCUCUCUCUCUCAAAAUACAAAAGCAAAGUGUGCCCAUCAGCACUACAGUGACAAUUAGGAAAGUUCUGUGAAAUCCCAGCAUGGUAGAAAGCAAAUGACCCAAUAGCAUGUCACAGCUAAUCUGAAUACGGAGGUAAGACAGGCUUGAAAAUGUAAGGAGGAAGAGGGUGUUAAAGCAAGU